CGACAAGGGCUUUCUUUUUACUUCUGCCGAGGAAACAAUAAGCAACAUGAGUUCCCUCAAGCUCCAGAAGAGGCUUGCAGCCUCGGUUAUGCGAUGUGGCAAAAAGAAGGUUUGGUUGGAUCCAAAUGAAAUCAACGAAAUCGGAAAUACCAAUUCCCGCCAGAGCAUCCGCAAGCUGAUCAAGGAUGGUCUGAUCAUCAAGAAGCCGGUCGUGGUGCACUCCCGGUACCGUGUCCGCAAGAACACCAUCGCCCGCCGUAAGGGACGUCACUGCGGCUACGGCAAGAGGAAAGGUACGGCCAACGCCCGUAUGCCCCAGAAGCUGCUGUGGAUGAACCGUAUGCGUGUGCUGCGUCGUCUGCUCAAGAAGUACCGGGAGGCGAAGAAGAUCGACCGUCACCUGUACCACGAUCUGUACAUGCGCGCGAAGGGUAAUGUGUUCAAGAACAAGCGUAUCCUGAUGGAGCACAUCCACAAACGGAAGGCCGAGAAAGCUCGCAGCAAGAUGCUGAACGACCAGGCGGAAGCCAAGCGUAACAAGGUCCGCGAGGCCCGCAAGCGCCGCGAGGAACGCAUCGCCAACAAGAAGCAGGAGCUGCUGCAGAGCAUUGCCAAGGAGGAGGAAAGCGCGCAGCAGGUUGCGGCUACCGGCAAGAAGUGAGCGAGAAGCAGUGCUGAGAUGAUACAAUGUGUUAGGCGAAGAUCAUAUUUUUAAGGAUUCCACAAACACUGGCGAAGGGAUGUGUUUGGUACCGUCGAACAGUUACUGUAGAUUUUGUUACAGUUCUAAGGUAUUAAAUAUAUUUCUUCCGAAAAGAA